AUGACUAGAACCACCGAUGAGAUCAAGUAUGAGGCUACCCCAUGGGAGCACAAAGGCGUCACCGUUUCCGAUGACGGCCGGCGAUUGGCGUCGAAUCCUGAUGCCGUCCGUCCCAAAGGACGGAUACGCCGAUCGAUGACAGCCUGUCAUACCUGUCGCAAGCUUAAAACACGAUGCGAUUUAGAUCCGCGCGGCCAUGCAUGCCGCCGCUGUCUAUCACUAAGAAUCGACUGCAAAUUACCGGAAACGACUGAUCGCUUUCAAGACAAUACCCCAACGUGGUCGGAUGCGACAUCCGCGAUUCCUUCAAUCGAAGAGCGCCUAACUUCGCUUGAAAGAAGCAUGAGAGAGAUGACAAGUAUGAUGCGCCAGAUGCUGGACCAGUCUCCGACUACCCCCCAUGGCAUCGCCUCAUAUUGGAACAGAGGCCCCAAUGCCGAUGACGGUACUUCAUCCGAUGGGAGUCCGUCGUCUCCUUUCCUGCCCAAGCCUGUUCGGCUCAUCCAGGACCUACAAUCUGAAUUCUUUGGCGAGACAGAAAGCUCGUCAUACUCGGAAGAAAACGUUCCAAAGGGUGGCUUAGACUCUAAACUAUCACUCAAAUUGCUUCAGAUAUUUGUGGACAACUUUGGUCCUUAUGUCUCUAUUUAUAGUCUAUCCGAUAUCCAGAACGAGGCGCGACACUCCGAUUCCCUAUUAUAUAAUACUGCCUGUCUCCUGGCGUCUCGCUAUGUUCCUGGUGUUCCCACAUCUAUGAUACAUACGAUGUAUCUUCAAGUACGGCAUGCAACGGUAAACUUGUUGUGGAAUAAGCCUCCCCUUCGCUAUGAGUCACUCCAAGCGCUGGCACUGCUUUGCCUUUGGCCUCCGACCGUACAGAAGGAGCCCCCAAUGGACAGCUGGCUGUUGAGUGGGGUGUCGAUCAAUCAUGCGAUUAUCUCCUUUGAGUGCCUCAAUUAUGGGCCCACGGAGACCAUGAUUGAUAACGAAACCGCCGCCCAGCUGCGGCUAUGGAAUACUUACUGCCUGACGCAGCUUCAUUUUGCGGUCGGCAACGCCCGUCCUUUUCACAUUCAGCAACGCUAUCUCGAUCACUGCCCUCGAAUUCUGGAGCACCCAGCUGCGACUCUCGACGAUGCAAAGGUGGUGGCAGAGAUACAGUUGUAUUUGAUGACCCUACGGCUUCAGAGUAAUGGCAGUCGGAUGCGAGUCGCCGAUACCAAGUUCGAGGAAAUCGAGCGGUGGAAGGCAGAAUGGGCUCAUCUCCUCGCUGGUGAACAGUCCACCCUCGAACUAAGCCUCUGGUUUUGUCAGAUCCUCCUCCACCGCACGGCUAUGCGCUUCAAUCCCGGCUCUGACACUCUCGCCUCGGAGGUCUUGCAGACCUCUCGUGUCAUGUUGUCCAAAUUUCUUCAGAUCCGAUAUUCCUCCGCCCUCAGCCUCGUCGACCAGGUAUACUUCAUGGCCGGCUACGCCGCCCUCAACCUCUGUGACUUCAACCUCAUGGACCCGCUCAUCGAGCAGGUGCAGAUGUUCCUGCUCCAUCUGUCCCCCAAUGAGGACCACAUCGCCUACCGAUUUUCCUGUAUGAUCGUCGAGUUCAGGCGGCGAUGCGCCGAAGGCAGCGAUCCAACGGCAGCGGCAGCGGCGUCUGCAGCCAAGAGCUCCUCGCCGUUGUCCUCCUUUGGGGAACCCCGGAAGAUGAGUCUGGAACAGGCAGCGCCGUUCUUACCGCCAAUGAUAGAUAAUAUGAUGGAGGGAUACGGGUUUGAGCAAUUGAUGCCAGAAGUGCUUCCACAAUCCUUCCCCGACGGUAUGCUCAAUGAGAUGGCUGUCGCGGGGAUACCAGAGUAUCGGUCGGCGACUCUAUGA